CUUCCAUGUUUUUUCUCAUUCUCUCUCAUUAACACAACAACAAAAUGCCCCCAUCAUUUCAUUUAUCAUUCUGUGAACUCUGAAGCCUGCAACGCUCCUUCUGACAAUAGCGACACUGCAUGUAACUUUCCAUAUUUAUUAAGGCCUGAAUCUUCUCCUUCUGCAAAGCUUACCCCUUCUCAUUGAAUGCUGAAGUAGUGUAAUCAUGAAUGCAAAGGGACAUAAAUUUGUGAGAUUUGAGGACUGGAAAUCAGAGUCAUCUUUUAGUACAGAACAGGAAGAUUCUGUUAACAAUGGUCAUCACAAAAGAAAAGGUAGACCAAGUGUGAGUGCUGUUUUGAAGAGUAUUGGAAGAAGACUCGACAAUGGGUCGAAGAAAAUGAAAAACUUGAGAAGACCUUCAGCUGUUCAUCCUCUAAGUGAUGGACAAAAAAAUCUGCUUCCUAGGAACAAAAUUCUUGAUCCACAGGGUCCAAUCCUUCAGAAAUGGAAUAAAAUCUUUGUGCUAACAUGUGUGUUGGCAGUUUCUGUGGACCCUCUCUUCUUUUACAUUCCAGUGAUCGAUGACAAAAGCAAAUGUCUUAAUCUGGAUGGAACAUUGCAGAUCACUGCCAGUGUUCUUCGCACCUUCUUUGAUCUUUUCUACAUUCUUCGCAUAAUCUUUCAGUUUCGGACAGGGUUCAUUGCCCCUUCUUCUCGUGUUUUUGGAAGGGGAGAGCUCAUUAAUGAUCCUGUGGCUAUAGUGAAAAGAUACUUAACUUCACACUUCAUCAUUGAUAUUCUAUCAAUUAUUCCACUUCCACAGGUGAUUAUUUUAGCCAUAAAUCGAAACCUCAAAACAUCAUAUCCAUUUGUAGCAAAGGAUCUGUUGAAGUAUUCAGUAUUGAUCCAGUAUGUGCCAAGACUUUUGCGGAUCUAUCCACUAUUCCAAGAAGUAACUAGAACCUCUGGCAUAUUGACUGAGACAGCAUGGGCUGGAGCUGCUUAUAAUCUUUUUCUCUACAUGCUAGCAAGUCAUAUGGUUGGAGCUACCUGGUAUCUGCUUUCGGUGGAGUCAGAGGUGCGGUGCUGGCGCAGAUCUUUGAAGAAUGCUUCACUCUUUCGAGCAGAAUACUUGAGCUGUGUAGACCGUGAUAAAAAUGUCUUUCCAGUUCUCAAUACAACUUGCCCUUUCAUUGACCCUGAUGAAAUUAAAGACAAAAACACCUUCAAUUUUGGAAUAUUUUUUGAUGCUCUAGAAUCAGGUGUGGUAGAAUCAGCAACAGAUUUUCCUCAGAAGUUCUUCUACUGCUUUUGGUGGGGUUUGCGCAAUUUAAGUUCUCUUGGACAAAACCUCAAGACAAGUACUUAUAUGGUGGAGAUAUUCUUUGCUAUCUUCAUUGCCAUCUUUGGAUUGGUUUUAUUUUCGCUACUUAUUGGAAACAUGCAGAAAUAUCUGCAAUCUACAACUGUUAGACUGGAAGAGAUGAGAGUGAAGAGAAGGGAUGCUGAACAGUGGAUGUCCCACCGUAUGCUACCUGAGAACUUGAAGGAAAGAAUUAGGCGGUAUGAACAGUACAAAUGGCAAGAAAAUAGGGGUGUGGAGGAGGAGGCAUUAAUUCGUAACCUUCCUAAAGAUCUUAGAAGGGACAUAAAGCGUCACCUUUGCCUAGCUUUAGUUAAAAAAGUGCCAAUGUUUGAGAAAAUGGAUGAGCAGUUGUUGGAUGCAAUGUGUGACAGGCUGAAGCCAGUCCUUUAUACUGAGAAGAGCUACAUAGUUCGUGAAGGAGAUCCAGUUGAUGAGAUGCUUUUCAUUAUGCGUGGAAAAGUUUCUACUAUGACAACAAAUGGUGGAAGAACUGGUUUCUUCAACUCCUUAUUUCUCAUGGCUGGUGACUUCUGUGGAGAGGAGCUUCUGACAUGGGCCUUGGAUCCCAACUCCUCCUCAAAUCUACCCAUUUCAACUAGGACUGUUGAAACCAUUUCAGAAGUUGAAGCCUUUGCUCUCAUGGCUGAUGACUUGAAGUUUGUUGCUUCCCAAUUUCGACGUCUUAACAGCAAACAGCUACAACACACUUUUAGGUUCUAUUCCUCACAGUGGAAGACAUGGGCUGCAUGUUUCAUACAAGCAGCUUGGCGUAGAUAUUGGAAAAAGAAGACAGAGAGAUCAUUGAGUGCAGAAGAAGAGAAGCUACAAGAUGCAUUGGCAAAUGAGGAUGGGUCUCCUCUAAGCCUUGGUGCAACCAUAUAUGCAUCAAGGUUUGCUGCUAAUGCAUUACGAAACUUGAGAGAAAAUAUCAGACACAACACAAUGCCGCAAAGACUACUACCCCUUUUGCCUCCAAAGCCAGCUGAGCCAGAUUUCACUGAUCAAAAACACUAGGGGAUAGGGGUGCGGGUGUUCUAAUGCAUGCAAGUUCAAUUUUAAAUACAAACCAAACUUGCGUAUCCCUACUCC